AUGAGUCACUUCAUACCAUUACGACAUAUGCAGGAUCGCCUGGAGAAUAUUAACACCAGCAAGAAUAACUUUCUCAUAACCAAAAACCCCAACCAUGGCCUUAACGUUCACCACCUUCGACGUCUUCACCAAGACGCCCUUCCGCGGCAACCCCCUCGGCAUCAUAUCAUCUACGUGCCAGCCGACACGCAGCUCACCCAGGACCAGAAACAGCUCAUCGCGCGCGAGUUCAACCUCUCGGAGACGGUAUUCCUGCACGAGCAGACCUCCGCCGACAUCUUCGCCCCGCUCGCCGAAGGUUAAGCCCGAGUAGAUGAUGAGAUGGGUAGACCUGCUAUAUGGC